AUGCAGCCUCCAGCGGUUCUGCCCAAGUCCAUCGUGGUUCCGGACUUCAUACUUCGCACAUCAUCGUACCUGUGGUAUUACUGUCAAAAUGCCGUCAAUGCCGUUCCUGGGAGUCAUUAUGUGGUCGACUACGUAAAGAGAUCGCAUCAACACGAUCCGUACCGUACCGUGGUGGAAAUUUUUUUGAUCAUUUACGGAAUUGUGUACUUCCUUCGGAAACCCCGAAAACAGGGCUUUCAAGCCGGUCCAAAACUCUCCAAUAAAGAGGUGGAAGCAUUAUUGGACGAGUGGCAGCCAGAACCAUUGGCUCAGGAUAGCUCAAAGGUCGAAUGGCGGACUCAAAAGAUUCCCGUGGCAUUAACUUCCUGUUCCAACACCUAUCUCGAUAUCGAACGCGUUGACGAGGCUGAAGCUGUUAAAGACGUUUUGAACUGCUCCUCGAAUAACUUUUUGCAAAUAUCGUCAGAAACAAGCGUCAAGGAAGUGGCCAAAAAUGCCAUCCACCGUUACGGUGUAGGUUCGUGCGGGCCAGCCGGUUUCUAUGGUAAUUUGGACGUGCAUACCAUUCUGGAAUACGAUCUCGCGCGUUAUUUCAACACCGAAAACGCCGUGCUAUAUGGACAAGAUUUCUGUGUUGCUGCCUCUGUUGUUUCUGCUUUCACCAAGCGUGGUGAUGUCAUUGUUGCGGACGACAGGUGCAGCGUUUCCUUACAAAAUGCCUUCCAGUUGAGUCGUUCUACAGUUUAUUACUACGAUCACAACGAUAUGGACUCUUUGGAAGAGCUGCUUCAACAAUUGCAGGAGAGGGAACUUCAGGACAAAUUGCCAGCUUUGCCAAGGAAGUUUAUUGUCACUGAGGGCCUUUUCCACAAUCUUGGUGACAUUCCGCCUCUACCUAAACUCGUGGAAUUGAAGCGCAAGUACAAAUUCAGACUUUUGGUGGACGAGACGUUUUCUUUAGGUGUCUUGGGUGCUACGGGUCGUGGUAUCACCGAACAUUUCGGCCUAGAUCGUCAAAGCUCUGUUGACCUUACCAUCGGUUCCUUGGGUACCGCUUUGGGCUCUUCAGGCGGGUUUGCAUUGGGUGACAAUGUGAUGUCGCUGCAUCAAAGAAUCGGAUCUCAUGCCUAUACUUUCUCGGCCUCGUUGCCCUCUUUCACAGUUACUGUCGGUUCUGAAGUGUUAAGACGCCUUGAAGAAGACAAUACUGCCGUCAAAAAACUGCGCCAAUUGGCAAAUCAGAUGCACCAGUUUUUCCGCGACGAUCAAGAGCUCAGAAAUGUUAUUGAAGUCACCUCGAAUAACGAUUCGAGUGUCCUGCACUUAAGACUGACAGACGAUCUACGGUUUGAGAAGUUUCAAUACACAGAGGACUCAUUGUUCGAAGACAUCAACGCCAUGCACAGCAAAUACCUGACAGACAAGCACAUCGAAUAUUACGAACUGGAGGAGAAAUUCCUGCAACAGAUUGUCGAUUUUGCAUUGAAAGAGUACGGCGUUCUGAUUAGUCGUAACACGUUUGUGCUCAAACACGAGACCUUACCGAUCACCCCAAGUUUGAAGGUGUGCUGCGGAGCCAAGAUGAGCGACCAGGACUUGUUCCGUGCUUGCAACAGCGUCAAGAUGGCCAUUCUCAGUGUCGUCAAUGGGAAGAGCCAGUGA